AUGGGUUUCACAAUUACGCAAGGACUCAUGCUAGUGUUGCUGAUUGCUUCCACAAUGGCAGUUAGCAUAGCCAGGCCAUUUGGGAAUUCCAUUAAUACACAGACUUCCAACAAGAUCAUUGUGGGUGACUCGUACCACUGGAAUUAUGGCUUUAACUACAUCGAAUGGGCAACAAAACAUGGCCCUUUCUACUUAAAUGACACUCUAGUUUUCAAAUAUGAUCCACCAACUCCAAAAACAUUUCCUCACAGUGUUUACUUGCUAUCAAACCAUGAGAGCUUCAUUAAAUGUGACCUGAAAAAUGCCAAGAUGCAGGGAAAUACAAAACAAGGAGCUGGGAACGGCUUUGAGUUUGUGCUGAAAGAGUCGCAGCCUCACUAUUUUGCUUGCGGUGAGCACGAUGGCAUUCAUUGCCUGAAUGGAACAAUGAAGUUUUUUGUGAUGCCAAUAGACCGGAACUAUAGAUAA